UUUUUUUUAACAUUUAUGGAGUUUUGGAAUCUUUUAAUAUUUGAAUUUCGUAUUAUUAGAGAAUUAUGGAAUUUUGAAAUAUUAAUAAUUGCAUUUUUCAUUUGGAAUUGUAUGUGGAUAAAGCAAUAUUUUUAAAUUAGGCAAAAUCAGAAACGAAAUAAAUUCAAGGGUCAUAUACAUAUGAAGCUCUAUAGUUGCCAAGAUCGCUCACCACAGACACAGACCCUAAUUGAUUUCUCGAUUGAUUUCAGCUUGGCUAUGAGGUCCUUGCACAGUUCCGGUUGCAGUGGACAUCCGGAGCAACGCUGGCCACCGGGUCCACAUGGCGCACAUGGUCGCCAAGUGGGCCAUGGAGUGGUUCUUGUUGGGCUACAGGUCGUCCUAGAAGUAGUUCGUGGUGUGGUUCGACGAGUGGUUCUGCGUGUUGUCCUCCAAGUGGUUCGACGUGUAGUUCUUCGAGUGGUUCGACGGGUGGUUCUAGGUGUAGUCCAACGAGUUGUUCUGCGAGUAGUUCGAGGUGUAGUCCUGCGAGUUGUCUCACAAGGUUGCGUUGUUCUUCGAGUGGUUCUUCCAGUGGUUCUACGAGUAGUGCUUCUAGUGGUUCUUCGAGUAGUCUCACAGGUGGUUCUACGAGUAGUGCUUCUAGUGGUUCUUCUAGUAGUCUCACAAGGUUGCGUUGUCCUUCGAGUGGUUCUACGAGUAGAGCUUCUAGUGGUUCUUCGAGUAGUCUCACAGGGUUGCGUUGUCCUUCGAGUGGUUCUACGAGUAGUGCUUCUAGUGGUUCUUCUAGUAGUCUCACAAGGUUGCGUUGUCCUUCGAGUGGUUCUACGAGUAGAGCUUCUAGUGGUUCUUCGAGUAGUCUCACAGGGUUGCGUUGUCCUUCGAGUGGUUCUACGAUGGUUCUACGAGUAG